CUCACGAGCUGUCACACUGACAGCUCGAGAGGAGAGGAGAGCCGGUAAUCGGCAUCCCUCAUUGGGGACAUGUGCACUGAUCAUUAGGGCACUGAUGAUCAGUCCCCAGCAGUGCCACCUGUCAGUGUCCAUCAGUGCCAGCUGUCAGCCACCUCCCAAUGCCCAUCAAUGCCACAUGCCAGUGCCUACCAGUGCACAUCAAUGCCACAUAUCAGUGCCCAUCUGAGCUGCCUUUCAGUGUCACCCAUCAGUGCCAGUCAGUGCCAUCUAUCUAUGCCAGUCAGUGACACCUAUCAGUGCCAGUCAGUGCCACCUAACAAUGCCAGUCAGUGCCGCCUAUCAGUG